AUUUGAUUUAUUUACGCAUAACGAUAUUGUACUGCAACUAGAUACUCAUUUUUAUAACGACUGAUUAACAUUUCAUUAGCAUUUACUCAAAACCAGACAACUUAAAGCCGUAUUAAAAAUAAACCCAACUUUGAACACAUUAUAAUAUAAGUGCCGGCAACAUCGGCAUAAUGCCAUAAUUGUUGUUGUCACAGUGAAGUCACCCCGUGGUUCUCGAGGCGGCACGCGAAGGGUUUGAGAGUAGAGUUCGGGGCGCAUGCGCGCGCACACAAGCGUAACUCUCAGCCGUCAGUCGAUCUGCAGCGUCGCGCGCCGGUAGUGGCCGACGCUCCACACCAACCAACCACCGCGGACAAAUAAACCCCAAAAAAAAAAACAAACCAACCACUUCUUAUAAAAAAAAAACUAUUGGACAAGUUAUAUUAGUGUGAGUGAAUGUGAUCAGCUGAUCACCGGCUGCCAUCAAAUCGUACUUUCAGGUACAAAGCGUGCAGUGUUAAAACGUUCAGUGAUAGUGAUGUUCAGUGGUUGGUUAAACUAGAAUAUUAACAAAACAAACAUGUCCGUGGAAACUCAAGAUUACAUCAACGGGAUGAGACAGGGGCCCCUGACGAGGGAGAUCCCAGAAUGCAUGCGGAACAAAUACACCGUCGUGCAAGCAAUUAUAGACGUUAUAAUGUUUGUCAUCGUCGGUAUAGGCUAUGUGAUAAAGGCGACAUACCAAAGUAUCGUCGGGAAGCAUAAAAAGGACUUGAAGGGCGCUGUGGCCGUGGUCACUGGAGGCGGCGGCGGCUUGGGCAGUCUCAUAUCCCUAAGAUUAGCAAGGCUCGGCUGCACCGUCGUUUUAUGGGAUAUUAACAAACAAGGUUUGGAAGACACUGUGAAACUGGUCAAAGGAAUUGGCGGGAAAUGCUACGGAUACGUGGUCGACCUGGCCAGCAGAGAAGACAUUUACAGAGUUGCCAAGAAAGUCGAAGAUGAAGUUGGCAGGGUGAACCUACUAAUCAACAAUGCUGGUGUGGUCUCCGGAAACUACCUCCUGGACACUCCCGACCACCUCAUACAGAGAACGUUCGACGUCAACAUUCUAGCUCACUUUUGGACUGUAAAGGCCUUCUUACCAUCAAUGAUCGAGCACAAUGACGGCCACAUAGUGACGAUUGCUUCAAUGGCCGGUCACGUCGGAGUAUCGAAGCUGGUCGACUACUGUUCAUCGAAGGCUGCAGCCUGUGGCUUCGACGAGGCCUUGCGACUGGAGCUGGAGUGCCAAGGCAUCAAUGGUGUUCGGACUUCCUUGAUCUGCCCAUACUUCAUAAGGUCCACUGGCAUGUUUGAGGAAGUUAAUUCAAGAUUCGUGCCCCAACUGAACUCCAACGACGUCGCGGACCGCGUGAUCCUCGCGAUUCGCACGGACGAACCCUUCGCCCUCAUUCCCGGCUACUUCCGCAUAUUACUGCCGUUCAAGUGGUUAGUGCCCUGGCCGUGCAUAUCGGACCUGAUCCGCGGCCUGGUCCCCGACGCGGUCCCGGUCCCGACCGGGCCCCGCGCGGCCCCGACCCCGGCCCCGGCCCCCGCGGCCCCCGCCCCGGCCAAGCGCGGCGCGGGCGCCAUGUCCCUUCUGCCGCCCGCGCGACACGACCGACACGUCUGA